AUGGACCCGCCACAACAAGACAAGCCAGUCUACAGUGGAAAGCCUUUCCCCAGCCUGCUUCACUCCUUCAGAGGACUGAAGAGGGUUCGUUACACUCCUUAUCCGCUCCUCAAUCCUGCCCGCAGAGGAACUGGGCUCUUCUCCUCCAUUUCAGGUCUCCAUCACAGAGAGGAAGGAACAGCGUGUGGAGAAGAGGGCGAAGAGGAGUGCAGCGUGUUUCCAUUUGUCAAUGUGGGUCCAGAUUUCCAGGCUAAUCUUCCUCCAUGCUUAGCUGAUGGCAAACAGUCAGGGCUGCGGUCACCAGACGAAGAGUCCCUUAAGGAACAGUUACUCUGGAAACCAUUGGACAAGAAAGAAGAAACUGGUGACUUACCAGGUCAAGUGGAGAAGCUGCUGUCCAUGUGCAGUUCCAGCUGCCUACCAGGAGGAGGCAGUAACUCAGAGCUGGCUCUGCACUGUCUGCACUCUUGCCAGGGAGACACAAUGGCAACACUGGAGAUGCUGUUGUUCUCACAGCCGUCACCAGCAGGAGACUACCACUACUCUGGCUGUGAUCUUUGGACAGAUACUGAAAAGACUCUCUUCAGUGACGCUCUCGGGACUUAUGGAAAAGACUUUUCACUCAUACAGAAAAUGGUGAGGACUAAGACAGUGUGUCAAUGUGUCGAGUUUUACUACCUGAGCAAAAAGCUUCAGGACAAGCAGAAGAAACAAAAGGAGGAGGACGAGCGACGAGAUGGACAGCUGGAUCAGCAGAAAAGUGUGACGCCCAUCUGUCAGCCAGUGGACAAACAGUUUGCUCUGGAGGGGGCUGUUCCUGUGACCCCAUUGGCCAGCUUCUUCCCCUGCAAGUUGUGUGGCAAAAUGUUUUACAAAAUCAAGUCCCGUAACGCUCACAUGAAGAUCCAUCGCCAGCCUCAGGAGGACUGGACCGACAGGCGGCUGCAGCACCAGCUCCUCACCCAGCGUCUGGCCCUCAGUCGUCCCACCAACCUCAUGCCCACCCCAGCUAGUAAUCUGCUCCCGGCCCAAGCUCCGGCUCCAGCAUUUUCCUCCUCUGAUUUUGCCGGAACAAGCAGCAACAGUAUUGUAGACAGCGUCCACAAUUCUGUGACCAAUAACAACCCCGGCGUUCCCAGCAACGCUAACGUCCUAGAUCCCAGCACAGUUGUAUCUUAUAGCAGCAUUGCUCCUCCAGACUCUCGUGGGAUCGCCAGUAUUGAUGGCAGUGACUCAAAUCAAAGAGAGCCCACCACUGUCUUACCCUUCCAUCAGUCAUGGGGCUCCUUCGGACAUCCUCCCGACCAAAGUGCCUUCUACUGCAACACAGUGGGUAAGGAGGAUGUUGGAGCUGAGACAGUGGGGGGGAAACAGACAACUAACUGGCAGUAGUGGUCAACUAUCCCACAAGCAUUACCACCACUAAAGUCUGAAACGUAUUCAAACUUUGUGUUUAAAUUCAAACUCGUGUUAUAUUCAAACUUAAGUACUUUUAUUAAACAUUAUCAA